UAAACCAGUUUCUAUUUCAGAAAGUAAUAUAUAAGUCAUGAGCGUUGGAACUGAUAUAUAAAGAAAGACAAUAAUAUAUAGUAAAUUCAAAUAUAAUGAAGAGCAAUGCCAACAAUAGUAUACAUUACUUUUCAACUUAAUUAAGAAGUAACCUUUUCUGAGUCUUUCUUCUGCUCACAUCGAAUGUUGAGAGGGCAUGUAUAAGGUUUACUUACUUUUUAGAUUAUUUAAGGCAAACUGUAUCAAAUUUCAUUUGUUUUAACACGCAUUAUUGAACUAUUUGAAAGAAAGAAAGCGAUUGAAGGACAGCAUAGACCCGGAGGUGUUUAAUACCUGUAUCAAGUACUGGCAUAAAUAUGUCAGAAAGUUUACCGGAUAAUGUUAAAGAAGCCCUCAAGGUGGCGUUCGAGGACAUAGACGUGGAGCACACCGGUGCCAUCCGGAAGUCUGAGCUCCGGUCCACCUUGCAGCUAAUCGGCCAAAACCCGACCGCGGAGGAGACGGCCACAUUCUUGGAGCGCGCGGGGAACGGUACGUGGACGCUGGAUGAGUUUCUGACGUACGUGGAGGACCACGUGACCAUUAAGACACCGGAAGCGGUUGACGCGGAGCUCAUGGAAGCGUUUGACAAAUUCGCUGAGGGCAGCGACUUCUGCAUUAGCAGGGAGGAAUUCCGCAAGGUGAUGACAAAGAUUGGCGACGAGCCGCUAUCGGAAGUGGACGCCGACUCUCUCCUGGCGUCUCUCGCCUCCCUCGAAACCGACGGCCUCCUCAACAUUGCGGCACUCUCCAAGCUGUUCAUGGGAUGAGAGUUGCCAAUGGGUCGCAUCAGUUGUUAAUAGCAGUGUAGAUACAUUAUACAUGACUUUUUAAAUAUUUGCUGAUGUACAUGUUCUUUGAAUAUAAUUUGCUUUAAACAGCUUUAUUAUAAUAUAUAUACUUUUUUACAUUAUCAUAAUUAAUAAUUAUUACUUGUUUGUUCUGUACUGUUUAAUGUACGGUAAUAUCAAUAAAG